UUUACACACCAGCAUAGGACAAGGACAUGGGGGGGAACAGAGGGUUAAAUACACAACAUGUAAUGAUGGAAGUUAAACCAGGUGUGUGGGAAGACAAAACAAAUGGAAAAUGAAAGGUGGAUCGGCGAUGGCUAGAAGACCGGUGACGUCGACCGCCGAACGCCGCCCGAACAAGGAGAGGGACCGAUUUUGGCAGAAGUCGUGACAGUGCUGUUUUGACAAAGAUACAGUCAUUCAGGUGUUGACCGCCCGCGUCAUCGCCGUGCCAUGAAGGCAUUUCUCUUUGACCAAAUAUGGUGUCCUAUAGGAUAUACGACACCCUUAAUGAUAUGGUGAAGUCUUCUUACCUUCUAGGAUCUCUGAGGAAUACAUACGAACGUCAUUUGACUCGUUGAAACAACGUUUAUUGAGGCAGAAGGUUUAGGGAUUUGGUUACAGAACAUCAUGUAUUUUUGACUAAAACAUGAAUAACAACGAGUCCUGUUAGCACCAUGACUAUCGGGAUUUUUGGCACGUGGGACCAUCAGUUCAAUGCCACUGAGCAAGCACUCACAGAUAAGAUCAAGAACAACCCUUGCUAUCCAUUCACUAUAGUGAAGGACGUGUUUGUUCUUGAAUACCUGCAUGAAAACAUCUGGAAAGGUUCACUGCUACUGAUCGCUUCCACCAUUGGAACUGCCUGUUACAUGAACAUGGAGUUUGGGGACCAUCACAAGUAUACUGGGUUCCUGGUGUUCAGCAUGUGUCUCUCUCUGUGGCUGGUCUGUUCCGGGGCCUUCCGCCGGCGCCUGGUGAUCGAUCACAAGAAGAAGGAGUACCGCUACUACAUCCACACACACCUACGCCACAGGGGCCCCUUGCACCAGAUCUACAUACGCAUGAUAGCGCAGAAGAGUGGACAGGUACUGCUGAUGUACAAGCUGAUGCUGAAUGGAUACAAGAUUGAAGAGAGGGAACUCAGUGGCUUCUCAGAGAAAUAUGAGCUGUUGGAGUGCCAGGGCAGGAGGAUAGCGACGAAACUCAACCUCAAUUACUUUGACUACCAGGACACUUCUAAACGCCACCUUGUCAUCCACAGGCCCAAAAUCAUCCUGUCUGCUAACAAUGAUCGCAACAAUCCACCUGUCUGAGGAUGAGGAAGUUCCUCUGUGAUCAAUCAUGCGGUGCUGUCAGUGUCCCUGCCAUGUAGCCUUUACCCUUAUUCCAUAAACAGACCAAAUUAAAAUAUUGUGUUUCUAACUGUAA